UAGCGAAUAGUUUAUAGCCAUUAUACAACUUUGAUCAUUUCACAUAGGUUAUGAAACCUCGUUAAGUAGUUAGGUUAUCGCUGUAAUGUUUUAUUAAUACAAAUGUUGUUUUCUUCUUGGAUUCAAAUGUCGUGUUUGUGAUAAAGGAUGAUUAUUUUAGCUGCAGUGGGAGUGGAUUUUAAUCUCCUUUCUGUUGUUACAUUCGUAUUUCAUUUACCAUCGGUUGCCAUGGUGGAACCGGUACCAGUAAUUGUUCUACACCGCAAAGUCCACAAAGACAAACACGUCACACAAUGCCAUUCUGGUUACUACAAAGAUCAAUCAAGAAGUCAGGCUUAUUGUAGAAAAUGUUCGGUGUGCCCCAGGGGCUACAUAGAAAAACAAGCGUGUACCCUGACAAAUAACACAGCAUGUGAGCAAUGCUCUGUUGGAACGUUUCAAAAUAGGAGAGGAGGUGGCUGCAAAGAAUGUUCAAAGUGCGGGAAAGGGGAGUUUGUUAGAAGACCUUGUAGACCAUACAAGAACACAAGAUGUAAGCCAUGUCCUGAAGGGACCUUCUCUGACGAUGGAAGUAGAUGGGCGUGUAAAUAUUGCCAACGUUGUUGGGGUAAUCAAAUCCAGCUGCUACCCUGUACGCAAACACGAGAUACAACAUGUGGUGAAGGUUUUAUAAACAAACUAGAUCGAGAGGAGCGGGGUGAUAAUCCGGAGGAAGACUUGGAAUACAAUGUGCAUACACGUGUGACACUGGUUGCUACUUGCGCCGUUUUGUCCUCGUUGUUCUUGAUAUUUUUAUUGGCAUUUGUGUUACAAACUUAUGAUAAGUAUGCACAUUCCUUUUUAUUUCAGGUUUAUUAAAAUGUGAUAAACUUGAUAAAAAGCAACGAAAUCAACUGAGCAAACUGAAUAUAUAUUCCAUAAAAAAACAAACAAGCAUGAAUAAAAGUAAUGUAGAUUAAUUUUGUUUACAAAUAAAUUGUCAAUUUGGCACCACAUUGAAAGAAUGUAUACUUUUAAUACAUUCGUGGGGGAGAACCCUCUAUAAUUGUUCCGUUAAUGUGAAAGGGGCUUAUUACUACUAAUCCGACUCUUCUACCCCAACGUCAAAUCCAGGAGCCAGUCACGCAGAUUUCAUACUCAAUCGGAUAUUGCUAUUUUAUAAAACGAUAGCCAUGUAUGGUUUGUGAGUCAGCCAAUACUUAGAAAAUACAAUGCUCAACGUGAAGUUAAUGAAAACCAUAACAUUAAAAUAGCAAGUAACUUAACACAAUAGCUUAAUGUGUCGAGUGCAAAAACUUUGGGUAUCAAACUACAUUUGCAUUAUCAUUCUUUGUUAAGUAUUCAUUCUUGCUGAAGGGAUAGGACCUUAAAUCAAGUCAGGUGUCCCAUCUAAAAGUUGUCUUUGUUGUCAAGUGAAACUCUUUUUCAGACAAUACAUAACACAUGUAUAAUAAAAAUAAAUUUUGAUAAGC